UUGGUACAAUCACAAAUUAAACGGACAAAAGAGCUCGGUUCACUGUUCUGCCGCUUCACACAUGAUCACAUGAAGUGUCUGAAUUCUGAUACUCGUUUAUAAUUACUCUCAGAGAUCCAUCUCCAGAAGAUAGAGAUCUCAUCCUCUUCUUCAAAGAAAGAAAACUCUCCAGUCAAAAAAAAUGGAGAAAAGGGCAUCUCCAAUGGCUUCUCUACUCUUCAUCGCACUUCUAAUAUCUGCGUUUCAUUCUUCAUCUGAAGCAGCUGAUUCACAACCUUCAUUUGGAGACAAUUUCAGCAUAAUGUGGUCCGAAGAUCAUUUCAAAACCUCCGAAGAUGGCAACACCUGGUACCUCUCCUUGGACAAAGAAACUGGCUGCGGGUUUCAAACCAAGCAAAGAUACAGAUUCGGAUGGUUUACUAUGAAACUGAAGCUGGUCGGAGGUGACUCUGCCGGCGUUGUAACAGCUUACUAUAUGUGUUCCGAGAAUGGAGCGGGGCCAGAACGAGAUGAGCUGGAUUUCGAGUUUUUGGGGAACCGAACCGGACAGCCGUAUUUAAUCCAGACAAACGUGUACAAAAAUGGGGCCGGAAACCGUGAAAUGAGGCACAUGCUUUGGUUCGACCCUACCGAAGAUUACCAUUCAUAUUCCAUUCUAUGGAACAAUCACCAGAUUGUGUUUUUUGUGGAUAGAGUUCCCAUUAGAGUGUUCAAAAACAAUGGCGAUGAUAAAAACGACUUCUUCCCCAAUGAGAAGCCGAUGUAUUUGUUCUCGAGCAUAUGGAACGCGGACGAGUGGGCGACGAGAGGUGGACUCGAGAAAACGGACUGGAAAAAGGUGCCGUUCAUAUCGUCCUACAAGGACUUCAGCGUCGAGGGUUGCCGAUGGGAAGACCCGUAUCCGGCUUGUGUAUCGACCACGACCGAGAACUGGUGGGAUCAGUACCAGGCUUGGCAUCUAUCUGAUUCACAGAAGAUGGAUUAUGCUUGGGUGCAGAGAAACCUAGUUGUUUAUGAUUAUUGCAAGGAUUAUGAUCGGUUUCCGAAAUUGCCUGGAGAGUGUUCAUUGAGUCCUUGGGACUAGGAUCUCUCGUCAAGUAGAGAAAUUUUUGUAUUUUUUAUGGAUUAUUUAUUAUUCAAUUGUUCUUAUGAUAUGAGCGUGCAUAUUGACUAGAUCCAUCUAUGGAUCACUAUUUAUUAAUCAUAUAAUUCAAUAUUUUAAGAAUUUCAUAAGCGUUGUUGUGGCGAA